CGUCAGUGUUAAAGUGACACAACAUACAUUUCACGCGAUUGUUUUGUAAUUUCUCCAGAAUUUGUGAUCUUUUAAUUCGGUUUGAUGGAAAAUGUGAAGAAAAGUGAAGUCAAUAUAAUCAAGUUGUGAUAUGACUGAGAAAGUGACGCUACGAAAAAAAUUGAGAAUCAAACAUUAAAUCACAUUCAUUUCGUCUUAUUGUUUUCGUUCAUCCAUUAUCGGCUAGGUCAGACGCAAAAUCCUAUACUACGAUGAUUGCCGCUCAACAAGGAUGCACAAUCGUUAGAAGCAUUACGUUGUCACCAAGAAUGCAUUUCCGGUUAAUCUCAACUCUGUCACUUCCAUCGAAUCUCAACGCAUCGUCGAUUACGAAACGCUCAUGGACAACGCCAUUUAUCGAUUGUCGUAUUUUGCCGAACCGAGGCAUUCGGUCACUUGGAAAGGUUCAAGGACGUGUAAUGAUCCUCGGAUCUGGCUGGGCUGGAUUCAAACUAGUUCGUGAAAUGGAUAAGCGAAAAUACCAAGUGGUGUCCGUAUCACCGAGAAAUCACUUCGUUUUCACACCAUUGCUUGCCAGUACUUCCGUGGGCACUCUCGAGUUUCGCUGCAUCACCGAACCGGUGCGUGGCUAUUCGUCCGACGUUGAAUACCACCAGGCUUGGUGCGACGAAGUGAAUUUUCAGAAAAACAAAGUUUCCUGUACACUCAAUCUACCGCCGACAUCGCAGUCCUCAUCGAGUUCGCGUCCAUUCGAUGUGACAUACGAUCAUUUGAUCAUUGCCGUCGGUUCGUAUUCCAACACGUUCGGUAUUAAGGGUGUCAAGGAGCACGCAUUUUUUCUGAAAGAGGUGGCCGAUGCACGCCGGAUUCGUACCAGAAUAUUGGAGUGUUUUGAACGGGCUGACAUGGCAACGACGGACGAUGAGAAAAACAACAUCCUGCAUUUUGCCGUGGUUGGCGGUGGGCCAACUGGAAUUGAAUUUUCGUCGGAACUGCACGACUUUGUGCGCGAAGAUUGUUCGCGAUUGUUUCCGUCACUGAUGAAUCAUGUCACCAUUGCUGUGUACGAUGUCGCUCCGACAAUUCUGGGGAGUUUCGACAAGUCUCUGGCCGAAUAUUGCAUGACCAAAUUCCGUCGACGAAGCAUUGACGUGCGGACUGGAACCGUUGUCAAAGAAGUACAAGAUGGAAGGCUCAUACUGCAAGACGGAAAAGAAAUUCCGUUCGGCUGUUUGGUAUGGUCGACCGGUCUAACCGAGAACCCGAUGACAGCGUCACUGGAGGGCAAAGUAUUAAAAUCGGAAAAUCGUCGCAUUUUGACCGACAAAUAUUUGCGCGUUCUAACACCAGAUGGAAAACCAAUGCCGAAUGUUUACGCACUGGGCGAUUGUGCCACCAUCAAGGAUCAUCAAUUACCGCAAACGGCCCAGGUCGCCAACCAACAGGCUAUUUACCUGCGAAAGGCUCUCAACAAACUGGCAAAACGACCCGAAUUAGACUUUACCGAUGUGACCGAACCGUUCGUUUUCAAGAAUUUCGGCACAAUGGCGUACAUUGGCAGCUGGGAAGCGGUGGUGGAUAUGACAAAUAUCAACGAAAAGGCGAAAGAGUCCGGUACGUUCGCUUGGAUCUUUUGGCGGUCGUCUUAUCUGACAAUGAGCGUGUCACUGCGAAACAAAAUGUUGAUACCGAUGUACUGGUUCAUGACGUGGGUGUUUGGUCGGGACAUAAGUUCGUUCCAAGAUUAUGAUCGUCAGAAGCGCUCUGUUAGUGCCAGCAAAUCGCAAUGAGAUGCCUUUUAGCAAAUUUCGUUGGAAAUGGAUUCGUUCAACGGACACUUCCAUGGAACAAUUUUAAUUCUGUGUUCAACGGGCAGUAUUCAUCAAAAAAAAGUUUUUUUUUUUAAAUUUAUUUAUUCCGAUGAAGAGUGGUGCUGGCUUGCCAUGAAAAUAAUCGGUUGCAUGACAACCAAAAUGAAAAUGUUGAGAAAUUUUGCAGGGUCCCGGUCCAUUCGAUUGUAAGUUUUCCGAUAGAUGAUAAUAUGGCGGCUGGGACGUCGCUUCGACAUACGUCCCAGUCGUCAUAUUAUCAUCUCUCUGUAAGUUUUAUAUGCAUACGAAGCGCAGAUAAAUACUGAGUUGCCAGCACUGCAUGGGAUUCAUGUACAAAAGGAUUUGUUCUGUGCAGUGAUGUCUCGUCAACUUGGGAUUUUUCUAAUUAGCGAUUCUUUUGAAAAACAACCUACCCGAAUCGGACGCAUUUUCCAGUGGACCAUUUUAUGUGUGCCAAGAAAACCACUUUCAAAAUAAAUUCAUCGCAGCUGGUGUGGCGGGUGGAAGGUG